AUGGUUCGAUAUAGUGUAGGGGAUGCUGGCGUUAUUGCUGCACUAGAAGAGGGGGCUAAGAUGGUAGUUGCAGAAAGGGAGUGGCAGCAGCAGGGGCAGGAAAAGCAGGACGUGCAACCGGGGGGGAAGCAGCGGCAGGGAGGGCAAGACUUGCAGCAGGAGUCAGAGAGGGAGGAGGAGGAAUGGGCUGAGGAAAGGGUGACGGAUUCGGUGGGGGCAGGGGCAGGGACAGGGGCAGCGGCAACGGCAGCAACAGGGACAGGGGCGAUGGCAGGGGUACGUGGUCGUGAGGUGCAGGCGCCGACCUCUUUCGCCCGUGUGGCAGCCAUAGCAGCAGGGGCAGGGAGGCACGCAGCAGCCGUGAACACUGCCGAGAUGGCCUUCCCUCCCCUCUCUGCCGCCACUCAUGGAACAGCAACAGUGCAUGGGGCAACGCAUGGGGCAGUGCAUGGGGUGACACAUGGGGCUGACAAGGGCGGGUAUGAGAAGGGUAUCUUAGGGCCCGGGGCACCUGGGGGAAGAGGGGCAGGGAUAGUGGGACCUGCUUUGCAGCAUCAGCAGAAGAAGCAGCAGCAGCCGCCGCUCCUGCCCACGCCCCCUCAAGCCAGCAUUCAGGCACGGGGCCUCGAAUACGCUUGCCCUGCUGGCCAUCGCUUUAUUGCUGCCCCAAACCUCCCCCCCGAACUUGAGUCGACUCAAAGCGCUGGCCAUCGCUCCUCUGCUGCCUCGCACACACCCGCCGAACAAAGGGGGGCGUCUUGGGGCGUGGUGGGUGGGGCAAGAGGGACGGAGGGCUCGAUGGGAGGAGUGACGGAUUGGGUUGGGGAGUGGGUUGGGAGAGAUCAGGCGUUAGUGGUGGGUUGCCCUGGGUGUGAUGCGGUGAGAGGGAGUGGUGUGAGGAGUUUGAUUGUCAAGGGGGAGGAGGUGAUGUUGGGGAGGGAUGAGAGAGUGGAGGGGGAGCGGGAAGGAGAGGGGGAUGGAGAGGGGGAUGGGGGGGAGAGGGGGGGGGAGGAGGAGGAGGAGGAGGAGGAGGAGGAGGAGGAGGAGGAGGAGGAGGAGGAGGAGGAGGAGGAGGAGGAGGAGGGAGGAGGAGCGGAAGAAGUGGGGGAGGGGGAGGGAGAAGGGGAAGAGGAGGAAGCAAAGGAGGAACGGAUGGGAAGAGCGAUUGUUAACAAGGAUGGGGGGAAAGAGGAAGGAGGAUUAGGAGAAGCAAAGGCCUUGGCUGCUGGUGUUGCGAGUCGCAGUGGCGCCAAGGGAGAAGCGAGUGAGAAGGAAGACGGGAAGGCGAUUGUUGGAGGGAAAGCGGUCGUUGGAGGAAAAGCGGUGAGGAGAGAGGGCAAGCUGCGGCACAGAAAACGGUUCUUUCCCACGACUGCUGCUACCCUGCAGCGCAUUCUUGUGGUCAGUAACCGGCUGGACGCCGCGUUAUGA